UCUCUGGUGCCCACCCUCCCCACCCCGUACGCAUUCUCUAGUGCCCCACCCUCCCCACCCCGUACGCUUUCUCUAGUGCCCCACCCUCCCCACCCUGUACCCAUUCUCUAGUGCCCCACCCUCCCCACCCCAUACCCAUUCUCUGGUGCCCCACCCUCCCCACCCCGUACCCAUUCUCUAGUGCCCCACCCCGUACCCAUUCUCUGGUGCCCCACCCCGUACCCAUUCUCUGGUGCCCCACCCCGUACCCAUUCUCUAGUGCCCCACCCUCCCCACCCCGUACGCAUUCUCUAGUGCCCCACCCUCCCCACCCCGUACCCAUUCUCUAGUGCCCACCCUCCCCACCCCGUACCCGUUUUCCCUUCCACCAGGUUAACCAUGAGUGGGGCGGCUUUGGGCAUCGAUAUCGUGGCCGUUUUCUUCCUGGCGCUGCUCGUUCUCUAUCGCUACGCUGACUUCAGGAAGCAGCACCGCCUGGUGAUUGUUGCCACACUCCUGGCCUGGUACCUCUGCUUCCUCAUCGUUAUCAUCCUACCACUGGACGUCACCACGACCAUUUACAGACAAUGUAAAGUCAACAAUUCCAAGAUUUUACCCACGGCAGCCUCCAAUUCCACAAAGGCAUUUAUCGUGAACACCGCCAACUCCUCCCUCAGUGCCCAGCUGCCUCAGGAAUGCUUCAAACCCUGGAGUUACAUUCCCAGUGGAAUCCUGCCUGUCUUUUGGCGUGUGGUUUAUUGGACAUCCCAAUUUCUGACUUGGAUCCUGCUGCCCUUCAUGCAGUCCUACGCUCGCUCAGGCGACUUCUCCAUCACUGGAAAGAUUAAAACAGCUCUGAUCGAGAAUGCCAUCUACUACGGAACCUACCUGCUGAUAUUCGGAGCACUCUUAAUUUAUGUGGCAGUUCACCCUGGGCUGAGACUCGACUGGUACCAGCUGCAAACCAUAGGCAUCACGGCUGCCAAUACCUGGGGCCUUUUCCUGCUGGUGCUCCUGCUGGGAUAUGGCUUGGUGGAACUGCCUCGCUCCUACUGGAAGGCGGCACAACGAGGACACCUACUGGCAAAGGCCCAGUUCAAGGCGGCCAAGCUGAUGACCGAGAAGGUGGAUGCAGAGGAAACGCUAGAGGAUGUGAUGGAGGAGGUGAGGAAGCUGAAUGACACCAUCAAAUACAACCACCCCCUGAGGAAGUUUGUGGACACCAUUCUCCGUAAGUGCCCCACAGAGUACCAGGAGAGGAUGGGCAGGAAUAUGGAUGACUACGAGGACUUUGAUGAGAACACGAACAGCUACCCGAGUGAAAGGAGCUUGGUGAAGCUGCACAAACAGGUGAUCUACGCUGUCCAGCGAUACCAGCGGACCCGGGUACAAUGGGACAUGCUGCUCGGACAGGCCUUCCACCUGGAGGAUGUGGCGCGGAACCAGGGCAGCACCAGCCGACACUUUGUCCUGGGGUUGCAGAGCUGCGAGUCCAGGGGCUGGUUCAUGCACUACGUCUACACCCCCCGUGUGGAGUGGUACUGGGAGUGCGUGCUUCGCGGAUGGUGUUACCGAGCUCUCGCUCUGGUACUGGCUGCCUUCUCGGUGCUGGUGGUCUGGUCUGAGUGCACCUUCUUCAGCACCAGCCCCGUUCUCUCACCCUUCGCCAUCUUCAUCAGCCUGGCCCAGUCCACCUACAACUACCUGCACAUUCAGAUGGCCUGUUUCAUCAGCAUCGCCUUCCUGAGCAUUUGUAUCUACUGGACGGUGUUCCGCAUCCGGGUAUUUAACUACUACUACCUGGCUGCACACCACCAGACUGACGCCUACAGCCUGCUCUUCAGUGGCAUGCUGUUCUGUCGACUGACCCCACCGCUGUGUCUCAACUUCCUGGGGCUGAUCCACAUGGAUUCUGCAAUCUCACACCAGGCCCGCGAGCAGACGGCAUACACAUCGAUCAUGGGCUCAAUGAAAGUGAUACCGUUCAUCGCUGAUGGCUUCUACAUUUACUACCCCAUGUUGGUGCUGAUCCUCUGUAUCGCCACAUACUUCAGCCUCGGUACUCGCUGCCUGAAUCUCCUUGGGUUCCAGCAGUUCAUGGGGGACAAUGAGAUGACCUCUGACCUUGUGGAUGAAGGAAAGGAGCUGAUUAAAAGAGAGAAGAGGAAACGUCAGCGACAGGAGGAGGGAACAACACGACGCAGAGUUUGGAAGGAACGUUACGGGAACCAGAACUCUGAACCAGUGAGAAAUCGCAACCAUUCUGACUCCCCAGACUCGUCGCUGAACCCAGCCCGGGCACCCCCCCAGCGAGACUCGGACCGGACGGAGUUGCUGCCGGAUUCUGACUGCACAGAUUUCACUGCUGACCCUGUUGCUGACAGUGAGCCGAACACCCAGCUGGGCAGGUACCAGCCGAUGGGGAGGUAUCUUUCCAUGUCCCGCAGCAGGAUUUUCGAUGAUGUUUGAGUAUUGGUCCCCCUUGCCCUGGAACCCCAACAUGUCCGGUUCCUGUGGGUGACUGCAUUCUGCCACCCUACCCAUUCUCCCCAUUGUCCCCCACCCUCCUCUCACAGUGAGGCUGUUCUCUUCAACACUACUCGAGUGAUUGGACGUUUCCUACUGCUGGUGGAAGGGUUUCAGCUGAAUUCAGGACUGCUCCCCCAACAGCAAGUUCCCGACCUGCUGCCCAGCACCAGGGACCCUGGCCGCGAGGGAGUCCCCAGUCUGUGUGACCAGCGGCAGGCAACCCUGCCCCUGGCCGCGUGCUGCACUUUCUUGCUGUGGAAUGUAGGGGGUAUGUUGGCUUGUGCUGUGAUUAUUGUAUUCAUUGCCCUGAUGUAGAGAAUCACUGUAAUUUAUUGGGUGUCUAAUAAAUGGCUGCCUGUUUCCUGUC